AUGGCGGGCGUGAAGGCUCUGGAGGGCAGCCCCAGGAAGAAGCCUGAUGCCAAGGCGCUGAAGAACUCCAUGGUCACAGACUCUGCCCUGGGAGGCGGCGAUGAUGCUCAGAGGCAGCUCUUGGCAGCUCCAGACUCCCUGCAGCAGCUGGGUGCUCCAGAUCAGGCAGCAGCUAUGGACGUCGAGCGGGAUUCCGCCUUCUCCAGUGACUGGCCAGCCAAAACAACAGCUCACCCCAUGGGCGUUGGAGACCCCUCCUGCAGGCUCAGCUCAAGCAAUAGAAAUCUGUGCUUUAGUGGCUACCUCUCCCGUAGCAACAGAUGGUUUCCUGUCUUCUCUUCACAGCAGAAAGCAAUCUCUCCCCCUCUCUCCCCCUCACCAGAGAAGGACCCCAGCAGCAAAUCUGCCAUUGCCAUCCAGUCGUGGUGGCGGGGGGUGCUCACCCGGCGAACGGUGCGCCAAGCGAUGCUCUGCGUGCUGGUGAUCCAGAGGUGGUGGCGCCGGGUCUCAUUCUGGCAGCAGGAGGAGAGGCGGGUCACGGCGCUGGCAAUGUACGUGAGGCCCAUGAGAGCUACCGUCCUCCUGCAAUCACUGGUCAGGAUGUGGCGUGCAAGGAGCCAGUACAAGAAGUACCAGAGGGCAGUCCUGGUCAUCCAGAACAAGUGGCGGCACUACGCCUGCCGGAGAGAGGCUGCAGUGUUUGCAGGGAGCAGCCUGGCAGACGGGGGGGUGGACCUGAACAUUGAGAUUAUUGUUGGUUAAGCCGACUCUGUUAAAGCCGUGGGAAAGGCUCCAUGCAGAGACAAGCACAGAGAGUGAAAUAAACACGUUCCCUGGGAAGCGAAAUCCCAGUCAGGAAGUGCUUUCCAGUGAAUUCCCGGGGCGAGCAGGCAGGCAGCAGGCCUCUGAAAGUGGACAGGCCAAGCUGGCAUACAAAGGCGCGAUCCAAGCCACUGUAGGCCUUGCGAGGAAGGUCACGUUGGGAAUCUAGCACCUCACCGGGUAGCAUAGGCAGCCGUCCAUUCCGGGGCUGUUUACUCCAUGCCAAGACCUAGAGAGCCCAGGCCUCAGUCUGCAUCCACCAGCCUCAAGAACUUUGUAUUGCUCACAGCAGAGC